AUGUCUGGUCCCGCCCGUCGUCCGACGCGCGCUGAUUCAAGGCGUCUUCUCUCUUCUUUUUCUAUCGUUUUCUUCGCCCUAUUGGCCCUCCUUUGUCUCUGUCCUCCUGCCGUCCAGGCCGAAGAGGCUCAUCCAGAAUAUGGAACUGUAAUUGGUAUUGACUUGGGCACAACUUAUUCAUGUGUUGGUGUACAACGAGGGGGCGUUGUUGAAAUUAUUGCCAACGACCAGGGUCACCGCAUAACACCAUCAUGGGUCAGCUUCACGGAUGAGGAACGACUGGUUGGAGACAGCGCGAAGAACGCUUUCCACUCUAAUCCCCAAAACACAGUAUUCGACGCGAAGCGCCUCAUCGGUCGCAAGAUGGACGAUCAGGAUAUCAUUCGUGACAUGAAGCACUGGCCGUUCAAAGUUUCGGAGAAACAUGGAAAGCCCGCCAUCACUGUAAAACAUAAGGGCGAGGAUCGCGACUUUUCCGCUGAAGAGAUCAGCGCCAUGAUUCUAGGAAAAAUGAAGGAGACCGCUGAGGCUUACCUUGGCCACAAGGUUACACACGCCGUUGUCACUGUUCCAGCCUACUUCAACGACGCUCAGCGUCAAGCAACCAAGGACGCCGGAACUAUUGCUGGCCUCCAGGUUUUGCGUAUCAUCAAUGAGCCAACCGCGGCCGCCAUCGCCUACGGUUUGAACAAGAAGGGCGGGGAAUCCCAAAUCAUUGUCUACGAUCUCGGUGGUGGUACCUUUGAUGUCUCCCUUCUCUCCAUCGACGACGGUGUCUUCGAGGUUUUGGCCACUGCCGGGGAUACCCAUCUUGGAGGAGAAGAUUUCGAUAACCGCGUUAUUGAUUAUAUGAUCAAGGCAUACAAGAAGAAGACUGGUACCGACGUGUCCAAGAACCUCCGCGCUCUCGGUAAACUUAAACGCGAAGUCGAAAAGGCAAAGAGGACGCUUUCUAGCCAACAGAGCACCCGCAUUGAAAUCGAGAGCUUUGAGGACGGCAACGAUUUUUCCGAGACUCUUACACGGGCUAAAUUCGAGGAACUUAACAUGGAUCUCUUCAGGAAGACCAUGAAGCCUGUUGAGCAGGUAUUGAAGGAUGCCAAUGUCAAGAAGGAAGAUGUCAACGAAGUCGUCCUUGUCGGAGGUUCAACUCGUAUUCCUAAGGUUCAACAGCUCCUUAAAGAAUACUUUGGUGGAAAGGAACCCUCCAAGGGCAUCAACCCUGAUGAGGCUGUCGCGUAUGGUGCUGCUGUCCAGGGUGGUAUUCUCUCUGGUGCUGAAGGCACAGCGGACGUCGUUCUCGUCGACGUCUGCCCACUCACCCUUGGUAUCGAGACAACUGGCGGUGUCUUCACAAAGUUGAUUCCCCGUAACACGGUCAUCCCCACAAGGAAGAGCCAGAUCUUCUCCACCGCCGCUGACAACCAACCUACUGUUCUCAUUCAAGUCUUCGAGGGUGAGCGUUCGCUUACCAAGGACAACAACCUCCUCGGAAAAUUCGAACUCUCCAGCAUCCCUCCUGCACCACGCGGUGUUCCUCAAAUCGAGGUCACUUUCGAGAUUGAUGCCAACGGCAUUAUGAAGGUUGGCGCUGCUGACAAGGGAACUGGCAAGUCUGAGAGUAUCACUAUCACCAACGAGAAGGGUCGUCUCAGCCAAGAAGAAAUCGACCGCAUGGUUGCUGAGGCUGAGAAAUUCGCUUCUGAGGACGAAGCUCAGCGAAAGAGAAUCGAGGCCCUCAACUCGUUGUCAUCGUUCGUUUAUGGUCUCAAGACUCAGCUCGGUGAUCAGGAAGGUCUUGGCGGCAAGGUCUCGGACGACGACAAGAAGGUUAUCUUGGCCGCUGUCAAGGAGACUACUGAUUGGAUUGAGGAGAACGGCUCAAGCGCCAGUGUCGAGGAUUUGGAGGAGAAAUUGGCUGAGGUGCAAGGCGUUGUUAACCCUAUCACGACAAAACUCUACCAGGGAGGUGCUGGAGGUGCACCUGGUAAAGAUGACGAUGACAUUACUCGUGACCACGACGAGCUGUAAUUACUUUAUAUUCCCGGGGAGUUGGCACCUUAAAAUCUUGAGCACAAAGUAGCAGAGUCAGAGCCGCCUUAUUUAAAUAAUAUAAUCCCUCAAGUACCAAUUGCUGAGCCGUGAACCAUACAUACUUGAUACACCCAGCG